UAAAAAAGAUACCAUUGCUCCAUUCAUUCCAUUUACCUAGACUAUCUAGCUAGUCUAUCUCUAUCUCUUGUAUCUAUUUUCAACAGACAGUAACAGUACUAGUAUCAGUAUGCCCCCUUAUUCCAGUUCGUGUCUGGUGUUGUUGUUGGCUGUCAGCAGCCUUGUGUCUCCGUCGAGUGGUCUGAUUGCCAGCGAGCCAGUGUCCGCUUUGUUGAAGACUCAUGCCGACGGGAUCUCCAAGCUCAAGUCCAUUUGUGCGGAGCAGUUGGGUCCUGCCGCUUUGGAAUCAGAGCCGUACUCCAAUGACGUCUUUUUCUUGCGUUAUUGCUUGUCAUCACCAGAGGAAUCCGAACAAACUGAUCGCUUACAAACCAAUCUAGCUUGGAGAUCGUCUUCUGCCGGUCAAUCCAUUUGUCAAGCUGCCACUACCGCCUUGGCACAAGCUACCCAACAAGGUGGAUGGGAUAACGCGCCCGUAAUCAACGCGGCUCCUCAUUCCGACUUGAUUACCAAGUAUAUCACUCCUUCCAAUGUCGUUACUACCACAUCCAAUCAACAAGAUCUCGUUUAUUGCAUUCGGGCCGGACAAAUUGAUGACGUGGCGCUCAUGGAUGCAGUCUCCAUCCCACAAAUGGUCGAUUUUUUUCUGUACGCCAAAGAAAUCAAUGCGCAAGUCGCCAAUCAACGAUCUCUCCAGUCGGACAAGCUCGUCUGUGUCGUCACGGCCAAUGAUUUGGCCGGAGUCAAACUCGUGGGGGGAUCGGCCGAUUUCCGAAAGGCACUCGGAGAAUCUAGCAAACAGGCCAAUGACCUCUAUCCAGCCACCAAUGGUCCCACCCUACUACUCAAUCUACCCAAAUUGUUGUCGGCUCUUGUCAAGCUAUUCACGCCACUCUUUUCACCAGAAGUCAAGGCCCGUCUGAAAUUCGAACAAGGACCGUUGAAAGACGUCGACGAUCUACAGCAAGUGGCAUCCACUGCUUCGGGGGCUGCACGAUCCACAUUCGUAAAACAGCUCGAUGAUAUUGUUUACAGUGGCUGAUUUGAUGUCAUGAGUGAUUGAUGAUGAAGAAUCGAAACAAACCUCACGUGGAUGCAUGGUGAGAAACCCUUCUGGUGCCAACUGCUAUAGCUAGCCGAAACUACUUAAUCUUAAUGCUUCUUACCCUUCCAUGCCCUCCCAUACUCAUCGGUGUCCUA